UGUUGUGCUUAAUGUUAGAAUUAAGCAGGUGACUGAUGCACGCGUUUGUUUAACAAAUCGCGAUCGGACUUUUUUGAGAUAGUUCAGUGGGUUUCAGUGAAUUGUGAUUUUAGUACGUGAUUAUAUUGAGGUGAAAAAUAAAAAACAUCAGUGCCGUGGCGAUGUAACCCAAAACCCGUCGAAAGGAACCUUUUUCACAUUUCUCCUGAACCAAGAUGGCGACGACUGAGAAGCCUCCAGCGCCGCUGCAACAGCGCCAUAUCGCUGACAACUACAGCUCCAAAAUAGAAUUGGCAUACAAUGGAUCACGAGAAGACUUGGAUCCUUACGUACCAGCUGACCACAGACCUCUGGCCUCAAACACAUCAACCGUGGGCGCGUUGGCGCAUCUCUUAAAAGCUUCUCUGGGAUCUGGCGUUUUGGCGAUGCCUCUGGCGUUCAAGAACGCUGGGCUACUCGUCGGCUCCAUCGGCAUGGCGGUCAUUGGCUUCAUAUGUGCACACGCCAUACACAUACUUGUGAGGACAUCACAGCAACUAUGCGUGGAACUGAAGAGGCCAGCUCUCGGGUACGCAGACACGUGUGACCUGGUCUUCCAAAUGGGCCCCAAGCCUGUGCGGAGAUUCGCUACGUUCGCCAGAGAAAUAGCAGACUGGGCGCUGGCCGUAACUCACAUGGGCGCUUGCUGUGUCUACGUCGUGGUCGUGGCAGAAUCUUUUAAACAGGUGUCAGAUGAAUACGGUGGGCCAUCAUGGUCGGUGACCGUCUACUGCGCGCUGACUCUAGUGGUCCUUGUACCACUCACCCAAAUCAACAAACUGAAGUACCUCGUCCCGUUCUCGGCCCUCGCCAACUUCGUGUGGGCCGCGGCUAUUGGCAUCUCUGUGUAUUACUGCUUGAGAGACCCCCCGAAACUGUCGGAGAGAAAAUUGGCUGCCCCUAUUACAGGGCUGCCUAACUUUAUAAGCACAAGUUUAUUCGCAAUGGAAGGCAUCGGCGUGGUGAUGCCAGUGGAGAACGAGAUGGUGAAGCCAACCCAGUUCCUGGGCUGCCCCGGGGUCCUGAACGUCGCCAUGGUAACGGUGUCCAUACUGUACGGCUGCGUGGGAUUCGCGGGCUACGUGCAGUAUGGGGAGGGUGUGCGGGGCAGCCUCACGCUCAACCUGCCGCAGGACGAACUCCUAGCUCAAUUGGCUAAGAUCCUAGUGGCAUGUGUGAUGCUGCUGACCUUCGCCCUGAUCUUCUACGUGCCGUUCGACGUAGUGUGGCGACGCGUGGAGCCCAGAGUGCCGGCGCGCGCGCACCGGUGGGCGAUCGCUGGGAUCCGGCUCGUUGGAACCUUGUUAAUAGUUGGAAUCGCCAGUGCAGUACCGCGUCUGGAGCUAUUCAUGGAGCUGGUAGGAGCGGUGUGCCUCUCAUUCAUGGGGUUGAUGCUGCCAGCCAUCGCCGAGACCGUCUGGCGCUGGGGCAAGGACCUGGGCUGCUGCUACUGGGUCGUGGUGAAGAAUACCAUCAUAGUUUUCCUGGCGGCUGUGGCUAUGGUGUCUGGUGUAGCGGCCUCUAUUGCUGCAAUGCUGGACACUCUGUGAUUUUAGUUAAGUGGAAAUAUAAUGUGACAAGAGAA